AUGGGGAGUCUUCGAGAUGGCACAGGUGGGACAGCCUCUCACAAACUGAGCAACAUCCUGGAUCAUUCCAGGCCACCAAUAUCACUGACGGAGGAGCGAGAGGGUUUUUUGAGUACAGGAGACCAGGCAGCCAAGGGAAACUAUGGACUUCUUGAUCAAAUCCAGGCCCUGCGCUGGAUGAGUGAAAACAUUGCAUUCUUUGGGGGUGACCCUUUACGCAUUACUGUUUUUGGGUCUGGGGCUGGGGCCUCGUGUGUCAACCUGCUGACUCUUUCCCAUUAUUCUGAAGGUAACCGUUGGAGCAAUUCAACCAAAGGUCUUUUCCAAAGGGCCAUAGCCCAAAGUGGCACAGCCUUGUCCAGCUGGGCUGUCAGCUUUCAGCCGGCCAAGUAUGCCCGCAUGCUGGCCAAAAAGGUGGGGUGCAACCUCAAAGAUACAGUGGAGAUGGUAGAGUGCCUACAGAAAAAACACUACAAAGAACUAGUGGAGCAGGACAUCCAGCCUGCUCGCUACCACAUCGCCUUUGGACCCGUCAUUGAUGGUGAUGUGAUCCCCGACGACCCUCAGAUCCUUAUGGAACAAGGGGAAUUCCUCAACUACGACAUCAUGCUGGGCGUCAACCAAGGCGAGGGGCUAAAGUUUGUGGAACUCAUUGUAGACAACGAGAAUGGAGUUCAAGCCAAUGAUUUUGACUAUGCCGUGUCAAGUUUUGUGGAUGAUUUAUAUGGUUACCCCGAGGGGAAGGACAUCCUGCGGGAGACCAUUAAGUUUAUGUACACUGACUGGGCUGACCGCCACAACCCGGAGACCAGAAGAAAGACCCUGCUGGCACUCUUCACAGAUCAUCAGUGGGUGGCACCAGCAGUGGCAACAGCAGACCUCCACUCCAGCUUUGGCUCGCCUACUUAUUUCUACGCCUUCUACCAUCACUGCCAGACAGAGCAGGUGCCACCCUGGGCUGAUGCGGCACAUGGCGAUGAGAUCCCAUAUGUGUUUGGGCUGCCCAUGAUUGGUCCAACUGAGCUUUUCCCCUGCAACUUCUCCAAAAAUGAUGUGAUGCUUAGUGCAGUGGUAAUGACCUACUGGACCAACUUUGCCAAGACCGGUGACCCCAACCAGCCAGUUCCACAGGACACCAAGUUCAUCCACACCAAGCCUAACCGUUUUGAGGAAGUGGCCUGGACGCGUUACAACCAAAAGGACCAGCUGUACUUGCACAUCGGCUUGAAGCCCCGUGUCAAGGAACAUUACCGUGCUAAUAAGGUCAACUUAUGGCUGGAGCUGGUGCCUCAUCUCCACAGCCUCAACGAGGUCACCCAGAUAAUUUCCACCACCACUAAGUUGCCUCCACCCGAGGUCACUCCCCGUACACCAAAGAAGAUCCCACUCAACACCAAGAGGCCCUACCCUACACCGUUUCCCACUGAAACACUGAAUCAGAACCAACCCUUCCUAGAGAAUCAGCGGGACUACUCCACCGAACUAAGCGUCACCAUCGCCGUUGGUGCCUCGUUGCUCUUCCUCAACAUAUUGGCAUUUGCUGCACUCUACUACAAGAAGGAUAAGCGAAGACACGAGGUCCACCGGCGUUGCAGCCCACAGAGGACCACAGCCAACGAGCUGCCCCAUACGCAAGAAGAGGAGAUCAUGUCUCUACAAAUGAAACACAGCGACUUGGAGCGCGAGUGCCGGGAGGCCAUGCACCCGCAUGAGGUGGUCCUGAGAACUGCCUGCCCACCCGAUUACACGCUCGCCAUGCGCCGUUCGCCGGACGACAUCCCUCUCAUGACCCCAAACACCAUCACCAUGAUACCCAACAGCAUGCCAGGCCUCACCUCCUUACACCCCUUUAACAGUUACCCCAGUGGACAGAAUAACACCCUGCCCCAUCCACACCCUCAUUCACACUCCACCACUAGAGUAUAGCCACACAAACACGUUCUCACACCCAAAACACCAACAUACACACACAUGUACACUCCCACCGUUGUGGAGUACGAGUGUGACAACAAACGGAGGAGAUGGCACUGGGUUGAGGAAUAUCUUUACUCCCAGUGCUCCGAGGAACAGUAAACAACAAUGCUGAUUUCUGUGCUUCGAGAGCAAAACCAUCGUUUUAUAUUAAAGGUGAAAAACUAAAAGACAAAAAAAACCUAUUUCUGAUGUAAUGAAAAACAAACAGAGAUGAUUUUUUACCCUUAUAUUGUGACAAAACCAGGGCCAUUUCCUGGGAACAACUAUCAGUCUGGGAUUCUUUGAGGAAUGGUUUGAUUCAGUUACCCAGAGAGGAAACAACGGAAGCACAGAAUAGAUGAUGUGUGGGAGGCCCUUUAUAAACAAAAGGAAACAUAUUGUUUUCCCGGGGCACUGGAUUGUAGAUUACUCUCUUCAGAGCAGACGGGAGAUGCUGUUUACCUAAUUUAGGCAUGUGUUCUCCUUCUGGUGGAGAAUGUGGAAUACUACAGGAAAAAAAAGAGAAUGAGAAAUCCUCAAGAAUAUGCACAAUAGAAACAUUCACUGAAUAUCUUUGAAUUCUUUUUGUCAAUUUAUUUUUGGGGGAACAAUUUUAUUGUAUAGGACAUAUUUACAUAUCUAGAUAUGUACACAAAACACCCAUGCUCUUUAAGCCCUGGCUGGGGGCAUUGAUACUGAGGAAUCUGCCUCAAGAGCGUAGCGGGGAAUUUAUUGGCUUCCUGGCAGAUACAGCUUCAUCACACAAGUGCUGUCUAUACUGAAACUGGUGGACUCAAAGGGAGGCUGGAUAUUUUUAGCACGACGCGCAUGACAAUUUAUCUGCUUGGUGGCUGUUCUGCUGAUUAAGUCAUUAU